AUGGCGACGAAAAGAAAGGCAUCCGCGCUGAACGCCGCGGUGGACGACGAGCCUGUCGACCCGUCGGACGAGUUGGCUUUUUAUUGUCUUGGAGGAGGAAAUGAAGUCGGUCGGUCAUGUCAUAUUAUUCAGUAUAAAGGAAAGACCGUCAUGCUUGACGCCGGUAUGCAUCCCGCCAAAGAAGGAUUCUCGGCUCUUCCUUUCUUCGAUGAAUUCGAUCUGAGUACGGUGGACGUCCUUUUGAUUAGCCAUUUCCAUGUCGACCAUUCCUCCGCGCUACCCUAUGUCCUCAGCAAGACAAAUUUCAAGGGUCGGGUUUUUAUGACGCACGCCACCAAAGCCAUCUACAAAUGGCUAAUCCAGGACAACGUCCGAGUCAGCAACACCGCCUCCUCGUCCGACCAACGCACCACUCUUUAUACGGAACAUGACCACUUAUCCACUCUUCCCCUGAUCGAAACCAUUGAUUUCAACACAACACAUACCGUCAACAGUAUCCACAUCACACCUUUCCCCGCGGGCCAUGUGCUUGGCGCUGCGAUGUUCUUAGUUUCCAUUGCCGGGUUGAACAUCCUCUUUACUGGCGACUAUUCUCGAGAGGAAGACCGACAUCUUAUUCCCGCGGAAGUACCGAAGGGUGUGAAGAUCGACGUGUUGAUCACGGAGUCAACAUUCGGUAUCUCAUCCAAUCCGCCUCGGCUGGAGCGCGAAGCUGCUCUGAUGAAAUCUAUAACGGGUGUUCUGAACCGCGGUGGACGGGUCUUGAUGCCAGUUUUCGCGCUUGGUCGUGCCCAAGAAUUACUUCUUAUUCUGGACGAGUACUGGGAAACGCAUCCGGAGUUGCAGAAGAUCCCCAUCUACUACAUCGGAAACACCGCUCGACGCUGCAUGGUGGUAUAUCAGACCUAUAUUGGUGCGAUGAAUGACAACAUCAAACGACUAUUCCGACAGCGAAUGGCUGAGGCCGAAGCCAGCGGCGACAAGAAUGCCAGCGCAGGCCCAUGGGACUUCCGUUUCGUCAGAAGUUUGCGUAGUCUGGAGCGUUUUGAUGAUGUAGGAGGGUGUGUCAUGCUGGCUUCUCCUGGUAUGCUGCAGUCAGGAACAAGUCGAGAACUGCUCGAACGUUGGGCCCCUAAUGAACGCAACGGUGUCAUUAUGACUGGAUACAGUGUGGAGGGCACAAUGGCAAAACAACUCCUCAACGAGCCGGAGCAGAUCCCCGCUGUGAUGUCGCGAGCUGCAACGGGGUUGAUCAGGAGAGGAGCGAAUAGUGACGAAGAACAGAAGGUGAUGAUUCCGCGUCGAUGCACAGUAGAUGAAAUCAGUUUUGCGGCCCAUGUUGAUGGCGUCGAAAACCGGAAUUUCAUCGAGGAGGUUUCCGCCCCUGUUGUUAUCCUUGUUCAUGGUGAAAAACACCAGAUGAUGCGUCUCAAAUCGAAGCUCCUCAGUCUUAACGCGGAGAAGACGGUCAAAGUCAAGGUCUACACCCCUGCAAACUGCGACGAGGUCCGAAUUCCGUUCAAAAAGGACAAAAUCGCCAAGGUCGUGGGCAAGUUGGCCCAGAUCGCUCCUCCAUCGGAACAAGACGACGGCCAGCUCAUGACCGGUGUGCUGGUUCAGAACGGAUUUAACCUGUCACUAAUGGCUCCAGACGAUCUUCGAGAGUACGCAGGUCUAACCACGACCAGCAUUACCUGCAAGCAGCACAUCACGCUUAGCUCAGCAAGCAUGGACCUGAUUAAGUGGGCUCUUGAGGGCACGUUUGGUGCCAUCGAAGAGAUCGGUACCAAGCAGGAACCCAAGGUCAAGGGUGAAGACACAGAAGAGAAGCCGUCAAAGGAAUCGGAUGGAGAAGAGAAACCGAAAGAAGAAGAUGCUGACGAAGAGAUCCCCAUGGAGGAUGCGCACACCUACCUCGUCAUGGGUUGUGUGAUCAUUCGCUACCUCCCACGUACUCGUGAGAUCGAGCUUGAGUGGGAAGGGAACAUGAUGAACGACGGCGUGGCCGAUGCCGUCAUGGCUGUUCUCCUCACCGUGGAAAGCAGCCCUGCUUCCGUGAAGCAAUCCGCCAAGCAACACCACCACCAUCACCAUGACUCAUUGGAGAUCCCGAUCCCCAAUCCUCAUUCACAUCUAGGACCUGAAGAACGCUUCCGGCGUCUCCUCAUGAUGCUUGAAGCGCAAUUCGGCUCUGACAUCGCCCCCAUCGAGCGCCCACGGCUUCCGACAAAUCUCCUCCCCGAUGGGCCCCCCAAGUCCGGGGAUACCGACAAACCCACAAACGGAGAGACGGACCACCAGGACGACGAAAAGGUCGCGGAAAUGGAGGAGGCGGAGCUGGCCCGUCUCCGGGCGCUCGGAAUUCCCGUCCCUGGAAUCGAGAUCCGAGUUGAUAAGCACGUUGCGCGGGUAUGGCUGGAGGAUCUUGAGGUUGAGUGCGCUAAUGCUGUCCUCCGGGACCGCGUGCGUGUGGUCAUCGAGCGUGCAGUGGAAACCGUUGCCAGCAUGUGGACGGAGGGUCCAGCCCCGGCCACUGCUGCGAACGGAGAGGCCCAGGAGAAGACGAAGGAGCUCCCUUUCUUUAAGAAGGCUGACGUGGACGCCAAGGCGUGA